AUGGCCAAGAAACGAAUUUUGAGAAGAAGAAAAGCUCCUUCAGAGUCUUCAGAAUCUGUAAAAUCAGAAGAUUCGGAAAAGGUAGAAAAUGAAGGUCAAUUGGGAGCCGAUUACUCUGAUGAUGGAGACAUUUCAGAUAACGAGGUAAGACAGAAGUAGUUUGCAUUUGUUUAUUUUACUUUUUUCGUCUUUUACUGUAUAAUAGGUGCAAAACACAGUUAAUUUCUGUAUUUUUAGCUACAAGUAGCGUUCCAAGAAGGUUUGCUCAACGAUGGUAUUGUCGACAUCGCUGGAGUUAAAGAAAAAAGGCCACCAAUAAACAAGAAAGUAAGUCUAGUUUAUUAAAUUUAGGUAAUGAAUACCUAAUUUGAGUUUUACACCUAAUUAAAGCACAAUUUGUAGUAAAUGUAUUUUUAGGACGAUCUGAAGAAGAAGAUGUUUCAAAUUCAGAAGACUUUGCCUUGGACUGGGACUUUGGAUGUUGUGUUUAAUGAAGAAUUGUGCAUCGAAGAAGAACAGAAUGACUUGGAACGUGAAGCUGCUAUGUAGGUUGAUUUUUGUUUUGUUAGAUAGUUUUGCUUUUAGAUAUAAACAGGCUUUCGAUUCUUUACACAAAGCUUUGCCAAAGCUUCAGGAAAGUGGCAUUGCUGUGUUCAGACCUGAUGAUUAUUUUGCCGAGAUGUCAAAAUCUGAUUCACAUAUGCAAAGAGUAAGUUUUUUAUUCAAAAGUUGUUAUUUUUACAACUUACGCACAUUUUUUUGAAAUUUUAAGUUUUUUUAAACUUAAUCUUUUUAAAUUAAUUUAGGUAAGAGAAAGGAUCGUGGAGAUCCAGAAGGACAAGGAAAAGUCGGAAAAUGCCAGAAGAUUAAGAGAGGAAAAGAAGUUUGCCCAGAAGGCUCAGACUGCUGCUUUGCAACAGAAACAAGAGAAUAAACGAAAACUGGCAGAUGCCGUCAAGAAGCACCGGAAGGGAAUGAAAGCUCAGCUGGAGACCAUGCUCAGUAAUGCUUCGCACAUUCACAAUGAAGAGGUAAAGACUUUUGUUUAAUUCACAUUACUUCAUUAUUAGUACUGCAAUUUUGAUGAUAGUUUUUAUAUGAGUGUCAUUUUUGUACGAUUUUAUUUAUUUUACAGUACUUUUCAAUUAUAAUUUUAUUCUAUGGCUAAUUCUGUAAUUCUUUCAGGAACGUGAGAGGAAAGGCAAGAAAAUGACCAGAGUCGCGAGAAACAAGAAGUUUGGCUAUGGAGGACAGAAGAAGAGGGCCAAGAAGAACACUUUGGACUCCCUCAACUCUGUCUACAAACCCAAAAGAGGUGGUGUUAAGAAACGCCAUUAA